CCUGCCUUCCAUCCCCCCAGAACCUGUUUGCAAUCUUCUGAUUUCCCUUGGACGAGUGCUGCACAAUUCACCCCCUUCGAACCCAUCUACCAUGGAGCUGAUCUUGCUUAUUGUCUUGCUGGUUACUUCUAUCAACCUGGCCCAUUGCUCCACAUCAACCGGUCCUUUCGAAGCUAUAUUCUUCUACUACGCCUACCGAAUCGAUGCCGCAGCUGCAGCCAGAGCGGCAGCAGACGGCGUACCAUAUGAGGCUACGAUUGGAGCUGAAUGCAUGGGCAAAGAUUGCACCUUGGCGGCUUUUAUGAAAACAAUCAUCAAUUCGAAUUACGUUGAAUUGUUCAAACCCACUGCAAUUGGAGAAACUACCAGCCCCGAGGUUUAUGCAACAGCCGAGGAGAUCGGCAAUUCUUGGGAUUACGUUCCCACACUCUUAAAAUCAGAGAAUAUUAUCAAAGAUCCGCCCGUGGGCUUCGCAGACAUGGUCGAUGCGGUGGCGAGUAAAAUACAACAGGCUCGAGCAGUGGUACCGUCUGCGGAUUUGGUGGAGAAAGCAGCGGCGGCCUUGAGAUGGGCACAGGCUAUUCGGCUCACUCAACUGGUUGUUCAAAAAGGACAGCCAAAGGGCUCCAAAGCGAAGGCCUUUGCAAAAGAGUACAAAGACAUCACCCUCAAGGUAACCGAACGAGAGCUUGGUAUGGACAGAACUGUGUCGCCAGCCUUGAAAAUCGUUUACACCGACCUUGACUAUGCCAGCAUGGCUGAGCAGGUAGCAAAUGGGGACCGGGCGACCCUUGAUACCACAUUACGGGGAUAUCUUAACUGGGUCCAGGCCGAAUCUGGCAACAGCGUAUACCGAAAUCACCAAAAUACGGUGAACGUGUAUCAGCGUUCGGUAGCAUCGCUCGAAGCCGGCUGUUCCUGA